GUAAUGUGUUAUGGACUGAUCAGAUCGUCCAGGGAAUAGGAUGAAGACGCUUGAAACUGCUUAAAUACGACCCUUCGUCGUUGCAGAGACCCAGCUGAACUUCGGAACUACUCUACACACUGCAUACCUGUUGAAUUUCUAUAUUUCCUAAAUGUCUAACCCUCGAGUUUGGUUCAUAACCGGUGCCUCUUCCGGGUUCGGGAGGGAAAUGACCGAGCUUGUGCUCAAGAAGGGAGAGAUUGCGGUUGCCACUGCGAGGAAGCCUGAAACACUCGACUACCUCAAGGCCAAGUACCCCCAAAGUCAGCUUCUGACCCUUAAGCUCGACGUCAGCAAGGCCCAGGAAAUCAAAGAGGCAUUCGCGAAGGUGAAGAAAGUAUUUGGAAGACUCGACGUCGUCUUCAACAAUGCAGCCUGGGGCGUCAUGGGAGAGGUUGAAGGAACUCCCGAGGACGUAGCUCGCACGAUGUUUGACACCGACUUCUGGGGAGCCUCUAACGUUAGUCUAGAGGCCGUGAAGUUCUUUAGGGAGGUGAACAAGCCGGUCGGAGGAAGGCUGAUCGUAACCUCCUCGGAGGCCGGCCUUCAUGCGAUCCCAGGCAUCGGAUUCUAUGCUGCCUCGAAGCAUGCUCUAGAAGGUGUAACUAAGGCACUCGCACAAGAGCUCAAUCCAGAAUGGAACAUCAAGGUUACCAUUCUCGAACCCGGAGGGUUCCGCACCAAGGGAGUCCCAAAGCUAGUCGAUCUGACUUAUAAACAUCCCGCAUACACGAAAUCAACUCUUCCCAGUGUUGCAAUGGUUGCGUACCUCAGCAAUGGAGAGCCACAGGGUGCCGAUACCUCUAAGGCAGUACAGAGGAUCCACGAUUUGUCUGUUGAGCCCGAACCUUCCCUUAGGUUCCCCCUCGGCAAGGAUUCGGUUGAGAUGGCUAGAGGGGAGGCGGAGAGCAUCUUAAAGGAUGCUGCCAGAUAUGAAUCAUGGUCCGAGGGCUUAGAAUUCGACUAAUAGAUGGUCACUUGCCUAGAAUCAGCCGACAAACACCCGCUUCAACAACUUCACCAUUUUAUCGUUACUCUAGGUUCGAGGCAUUCCGCUGAACUCCAGAGUCGUUUCAGCAUCAAUGUAUAGCUUUAUUUGUGCAAUCCGUCCAUCCUCUGCAAAGUGCUUCUGCGCGGGACUCAAACUAUAGACGUGAAUCAAUGACGAAAGUGGAUAGUUUUGAAUAUCAAUC